UCCCUCUCGCCUAGCUUCUUGUAACCGCCAGCUGUGGAAACCCUAGAAUUGGAGCGGCGAGACCGCGGCACGUUCUUGGGCGCAGGCGGAGGAGAUGACUGGAACAUUGACGUGGGAGAUAGUGCAUGUUCCUGGUGAGCCAGAGAGCUCUCUCGAAGUGUCUACUGGUUCCGAUCAUUUUUGCUGUUUCAGUUGAUGUUUUGGCUUCGAAGAUUGAGCCAAAGCUUGCCAACAAGAUUGUGAGGCAGUUGAAUCAGGUGUGUCCACUUGAGAAUCUCCGUCAUGUGAAACGGGUGCGAAAAAGGACGGUUGAAGGUAAUGCUGAGUUGUCAGUUAUUCUAUGUCUUUCUGAUGAAUAUGAAAAAGAUGCAGAGGCAAUACCAAGAGGCAUUCAUCAGCUUAUCAGUGACUAUAAUUUGUGUCCUUAUAACGCAAAAGUUGCCAAGUAUGCUGCUAGAUCAAAAGAAGAAUGGGAGGAACAGUGCAAGCUUUGGCCGACGUCAUAUCAUCCAUCAACCAAUCUCGAUGGGGUUUCUGGACUGAGUGAAGGGGAAUUGCAGUUGAUAUUCAACUACAUGAAGGUUGUGAUCCAGUUAACAAAGUUGAGUUAUACUGGUGGUAAAGUUCUAAAUGCUGCUAUCAUCGUUGAUCCUAUUAGUAGGCAAGUCAUUGCAAGUGCUAAUGACCAAACGUGUCCAUGGCCCACAACAUACAAGACCAGUGCAAGAUAUAGCUGCAAUGACAGAUGCAGUGAUGUAUGUGCUGGAGUUUCUUGCUUAAAUCCUUGGGGAUGGACAACACAAAAACAAAGCAGUCAGAGUUCCUCAAUGAAAAGCGAGAGCAAACGUACAUGGCAUCCUUUAAGGCAUGCUGCUCUUGUUGCUAUUGAAAAUGCCGCAGAAAGAGAUAGGCAACUAUUCCCUGGUCCAGGAUCAUCAGAGUCUCAAUCUACACCAAAUGGCAAUCCACUGUGUGCUGAUAAUUGUCCAGCAAAACGUCAAAAGAUACAGCAACAUGUAUGUCAGCUGGAUCUAUUUCGUCAGGAGCACAGCUUGGUCAAGGAAGUUCCAGACAAUAGGGAACCUACUGAAAUAAUGCGGCCUUAUUUGUGCACUGGCUUUGAUAUCUACCUUGUAUGGGAGCCAUGCACCAUGUGUGCCAUGGCACUUGUGCACCAACGAAUCCGUCGCAUUUUCUUUGCCCUUCCAAAUCCAAAUGCUGGUGCUUUGGGCAGUGUCUACAGAUUGCAAGGAGAGAAAAGUUUGAAUCAUCAUUAUUCUGUUUUCAGGAUUUUGAUACCAGAGCAAGACCUUAAUAGGGUAGAAUUAAAUGUAUCUGAUAAUUUCUUAUUACAUGGCUGAAAUCCAAGUGGUCACAGAACUCUCAAAUUGUAUUGCUCUCUAGUCUCUAUUAACCAUUCAAGUGUCAACCUGCAGACAAUUAGUUUUACCAGUUGACUUGUCUUCACUAAGGUCCUCAUAAAGCAUUAUAAUCAAAUUGGGUUUUGUCUCGAGGAGUUAUAGAGACAAUCUUCUUUUCAAUUCUCUA